AUGGUUGUUGGUGUCAAUUUUGAUAGUGCGGCGAAGCUAGUGUUGGCCCAGUGCGGCGAAGCUGGUGUUGGCACAGGUUUCAAAAAAGAAAACGUUACUGUGGUUGUUGGUUUCAAUUUUGAUAGUGCGGCGAAGCUAGUGUUGUGCGGCGAAGCUAGUGUUGGCCCAGGUUUCAAAAAAGAAAACAUUACUGUGGUUGUUGGUUUUAAUUUUGAUAGUGCGGCGAAGCUAGUGUUGGCCCAGUGCGGCGAAGCUAGUGUUGGCCCAGGUUUCAAAAAAGAAAACAUUACUGUGGUUGUUGGUUUUAAUUUUGAUAGUGCAGCGAAGCUAGUGUUGUGCGGUGAAGCUGGUGCUGGUACAGGUUUCAAAAAAGAAAACGUUGCUGUGGUGAUGCUCGUUGACUUUGAAAGCGGUGUGAAGCGGUUGCUAGUGCAAGUUUGA